AUUGAAUAUUGAGCGUGCAUUUGGGCGUUAUGCGAAAUAUAAAUAGUUGUGUUUACUCGUACCUAAACCUUUUGGAGCAAAGCUGGCUGUCUUAGGCUGUUGUGUUUAAUUCCCCUUCGAUCUACGACAUGGAGUUUGUGUUAGUAUUCAAUAAUGAAUUGAGAUCAUUUUCAGACUCAGAUAUACCAGUUACCAAGGCUAAAAUGGCUUCAAUAACAAGAGCUGCCAUGAAAGCAUUAAAGUAUUACAAACAUAUUGUACAUACGGUAGAAAAGUUCAUAGCAGAAUGCCCACCUCAUUUCAAACUUCCUGGACUUUACAUUAUUGACUCCAUUGUCAGACAGUCUCAACACUUUUAUCGAGAAAAAGAUGUUUAUGGGCCGAGAUUUUUACGAAACUUAGUGUCCGUUAUCAUCUCUGUUUUGCAAUGUGGUGAGAAAGAUAAGCCUAUGGUAUCUCAUUUAUUGUACUUAUGGGAGAGUUCUUCCGUCUUCCCAAAAGAAGUAUUAUAUGCUCUAAAUGAUAUUGAAAAAGAUCCGGAAAACCCAAAAGUCAUAGAAAAAGCGGAGGAAGUUGUCCGUGCUGCUCUACUUAAAUUGUCAAAUCAUAAUGUAGCAGAUACUAAAAUGCAGUUGCUACCUCCACAAAAUCAUUCAGUUUUAAAUAAUAAUAGCAGUCCAAAAAUGUACAGUAUGCCUGCUCUUGAGGACACUAAUAAUAAAUGCACUAAAAAAAGCUCAAGUGCAAGGGUCCAGUUACUUCAGUUACAAGCCCUUCAGAAAAAGAUCGCUGAACAGUCGGCUUUACUAAACGAAGAGCGAACAAUCGAUCCUGAAGUGCUUACUCAAAUUCAUAUCCUUAUGUCAGAGUUGACCAGGCGGGCUGAAGUAGCCGCAGCACAGCUUGCAGAUAAAGAAAAUGCCGAUGAAGAUUUAAAUGUUAUCGAUCCCAAUCUGUUGGCACGUAUACAAUCUAUGGUUGAUACACUUGCGCAUACUCGUGAACUACAAGAACAGCUGAAUGAAGCACUUGCAGAACAUGAACAAAAACCUUGGCAACAACAACCACACCAGAAGGAGACUUUGCGUUCUGCAAACGGCAUGACUAUGCAAUCUGAAGCUGAUACAAGCAUGGAUAGGAGGUGUAUAGACAACUAUAUCGCAUCUGGCAAACUUAAGACAGACAUUUCUAUACGGAAUGAUUCCAAACGGUUAAUUCGACCUACUACGCCUCCGUAUUCCUCAGAUGUAGAAGACGAGUCGACAGUAGCACAGGCUUACGAAAGAAAAUCUUACUGGCCUGAAAGGAACAGACCGACAAGUAAAACAGAUUCAAGGCACUUGGAAUCUCGGCCUAUGGAUGGUACAUGUCGUGAUUUGAAUACCUAUCAUGGCUCGCGUAAACACUUUCUGCACAAUUCCCGUCAAGCAUCAUAUAAUCAUGAUAGAGAAAUUAGUAGUAGUCGUGUAAUAGUAGAUGGUGGGAUGAUUAUACCGUCAGAGGAGAACUCGUCUCCAUCUCAACGGAAUAAUAGUGAUGAUCCCAAUCACCUAUCAAAAGAAAAUAUGAAUCGAUUUAAUUCAGAAUAUGAAGGUUAUGAUGAUGAUGAUUGGAAUGUUUCAUCUGGCCAACGAUGUCGUAGAUACACUCGCUUGGAUUCAUAUGAUGACCGACUGGUGGUUAGUCAUUCUCAUCGAUCCGGAUUUUUAGAGUCGCAUAAACUCCUCAAUACUACAUCAGACAUUGACCAUGAUCCAUCCGAUAAUUUUGUUGAAGAUAAUACCACUGAAUCACCUCUACAAAGUCCUCAUCUUAUACGUCGACGUCACGAUGACAGUUUUUCAUUAUUUCAGCAUGGAUCACCAUCAUCAUUAAAUGAAUAUGAUGUGAAACAUCGUGAACGUCGUCGCAAACACCUUGGUCUGCCUGCACUGAAACCAAAUCAUGUUGGUAUCUUAUCACACACUGUGUUCAUAGGACACUUGCAUAAACAACUAGCAGAAUCUCGACUUCGUGCACUUUGUUCAGAAAUAACUGAUGGUCAAGUGGUGGAAUGUAAUUUCAUUCCACCACGAGGUUGCGCAUUUGUCACUUUUGCAACUCGACGAGCAGCACAUCGUGCCGUAGUUUAUAUGGAUCGAUCGACGAUGAAUGGUCGUCAGGUCAAGGUCGCAUGGGCUCCAAAUCUUGGCAUCAAAUCAAAUGAAGAUUAUCUAUCGAAUUAUUGGGAUAUAGAAGAAGGUUGUACAUAUUUACCCGUGAAGGAGGUUCUCAAACUUCAACGUUCUCAAUUUGAUGAUCUUCUGGAGGGUUGUGCUGAAGUGGAUGAAGAUUCGCUGGAUAAUGCAAGAGUUAAGGCGUUUAUCAUGAAUAAUGCUAAUACCAAUACCAAUAGGACGACUAGUAGUGAUAAUAAUAAUAAUAAUAAUAAUAAAACUGAAAAAAUAUCCUUUACGAAUUCACCAGAUGCGAAAUUGGCUAAGAAAUCACAAAUUCCACCAGCACCAGCAACUUCUCAGAUAGUAGUGAAUACCUCGCGGUCAACGUUUCUUCCACCUAUCGUCGUUGUAUCUCCCGCGGCAGUUGUCAGCUCAACGACUUCUAUUUCAAUGUCACCUGUCGUUGUUAGCCAAACUGUACCGAUGAUGUUAUCCUUAGUACGAGCACCUGUCAUACGGAUGCCAGUUGCUGUACCUCAGCCUUUGUAUUUCCCACGGAACAGUACCACAUCUAGAGCACCGCCUCCACCACCACCUCCUCCGCCGCCGCCGCCGCCGCCGCCCCCUCCACCACCGCCGCCUCCUCCCCCACCUCCUCCCCCGCCACCACCCCAAACACCGCCCCCUGAUGCUACAACUACUACCACUACCACGACUACUGUCUCAUUUGUUCAACCUCAAACUUCACAUGCAUCAUGGGGCAACAUCACUGGAAUCCUGGAAAUGAUAAUGAUGAUGUUGGUGAUGAUGCAAAGAAUAAUGCACAAGGAGAAGAUUCCCAGCGUCGUAGUCUCCAGCAUCAGCAACAUAUUCAGAAUAAGGAAUUGCCAAACCCUGGUGUUCCUGCCUUCAGACAAACUCGACCGCCAUUAUUACAGUGCACACCUGUUGCAUCUAAUCAGAAUCUCCCUCAACAGCAACAACAACAACAACCUUAUCCAACUAUGGCAAAUCAACAAAAUUGCUUCCCUGUUAACAUGUGCUUUCCACAACACCCUAACAAUAUGCAAUCAGUCAUACCCCGACCUAUGAGAAUGCUGCCACCACACCCUUCAUGGCCACAAGAACCAUCCUGCACAAAUCCGCAUACCAGUGGACCAUUGGUUCAGUCAAAUCUACUACCUCGUAUUCAGACAAAUCCAAAUCAUCUAGCGUCAUCAUCAAACGCUUACAAUAUACCAAUGUCUGGGAAUUCUACAUACAUGGCGGCUUGUUCAUCUCUGCCCACAUUUCCCUUUCCUCCUUCAUUAUGUCUCCCUCAACAACGGCAACAACAACAACAACCACGUGCAGGACUACCAAUGGAGUCUGGUUUCAAUCCAUUAAGAGGUGCACUAUCAGCCGCAGGCGUAGGAGCCAGGCCCGGUGGUGCUUGUGGUGGUAGAAUGCCUCAGAUAACGAAUAACGACAACACAGGAGCCAUGCAUUUCCAACAAUGGUCCACGCCUCAUGUGUCGUCUUUACAACUACAGCAACAGCAACCACAACAAAUGAUGCCACCAUGUUCACCUUAUGCUUUUCCAGUCAAUUCACCGCGACUAAAUGCUUUUAAUAACCGACCAAUGUAUCCACCACUACCUCCAGGUGGGGUUGGUGCUGGCGGUGUCCCAUUUGGGCAAGGAAAUUUUUCUCAAAGAUUUGCUGGACGAUAAAUAUAUAUAUAUUUCUUUGUAUGCCCCCGCUGUCCUCCUAUCUAUCUAUCAGUCUCUUUUUAGAUAUAUUUCUAAUUAAAUGUGCCGUUUUGUAAAUACCUAUAUAAUGCGUGUGUUUGUGUGUAUGUGCGUGUGAAGUAGUUGAAACUUGAUUUUAUCUAGACCUGUUAUUGCUUAGAAAAUUUUUAUAUGACGUAUCUGUGUGUUUGCGGAUGUACAUAUAUAUAGACGUUCUUGAGAUCUGAGCUGAUGGAAAAGAACCAUGCCAUGCCUAUCAUUUCUAUGCGAAUGUCUGUACUUUUAUCGAUACUAAUCAAAUACAAAGAAUUCAAUGAGG